AAAACGUCUCUGGCUUGAAAUAAUCCCCUUCAGCUCCCAGCACACAGUCAAAGAAUUUUAAAAACAGAGGACUUUGAAACCAUGAAAUACUCUCCGAGAUUUCAAAAGCUGUGGUGCUCCAGAUAAAAAAUCAUUUAUGUUUCUUAAGACUCAAGGUAAAGGAAGAGCGGAAAUGUGCCUCUGGACCAAGCUUUCAGUGUAUGGGGUGCCUUUGUUCCUUCUACUCAGCCUUGCGUCCUGUACUGAGACGGACAAAUCUUCAACCCAGGACAGCAGCAACCCGGGGAGUCCAGGCCAACUGGCAGAAAUACUGCAACUUCUCGCUGCUGGUGAUCAUCCACCCCUCAACCACUCCAGGAGCCUCAUCAGAACCCUGCUGGAGAAGACUGGGUGCCCACGGACACACGGAACGCGGGGAGACUGCCACCUGUGUUUUGAACCAGAUGCACUGAUACUAAUAGCUGGAGGAGAUCUCGAAGAGCAGCUUCAAGAGGAGGUCAUCCAGAGGGUGUCUCUUCUCCUCCUUUAUUACAUCAUUCAUCAGGAAGAUAUCUGCUCUUCAAAGCUCAACAUGAGUAAUAAAGAAUAUAAAUUUUACUUACGCAGCCUGUUGAGCCUCCGGCAGGAUGAAGACUCCUACUUCCUCUCACAGAAUGAGACAGAAGAUAUCUUGGCUUUCACUAGGCAGUACUUUGACACUUCCAGGAGCCAGUGCAUGGAAACCAAAAUGCUGCAGAAGAAAUCCGGAAUCCUGAGCAGUGAUGGUGCUGAUGAAAACACCCUUCCUCAGCUGGCAGCGAGCAUCAUUGCUCUGUCCCUCCAAGGUGUUUGUUUGGGACGAAGAAACUUGCCUUCCCCAGACUAUUUUACUGAAUAUAUUUUCCGUUUCUUGAAUAGUACAAAUAAUCUCCACCUAUCAGAACUGGACCAGCUCCUCAAUAUUCUUUGGACCAAAAGCACCUGUAAUAAAAAGGAUGAAAACCAUCAACCUCAAAGGAAACAAGACAACAUAAAAACCCAUGAUUGGGACUACUCUAACCUUUCUAUAUCUAUGGACGAAGAGUUAGAUGAUGGCCCAGUGUCCUGGGAGCAGACUUGCUUCUCUGCUAAGCAGCUGGGAGAGAUAUUUUUACAAGAUAGCCUUUCACCCAUUUCUAAGGAGGACUUCAAGCACCUAAGUCCAGGGAUCAUCCAGCAGCUCCUCAGCUGCUCUUGCCAGCCGUCCAUGGACCAACAAGCACUACCACCUACCACUCUAGAGAAAUAUGGCUACAGCACAGGAGCUGUGAUGCUUCUCACACUGGGCUCCAUGCUCGGGACGGCGUUGGUCCUUUUCCACAGCUGUGAGGAGAACUAUAGUCUCAUCCUACAGCUCUUCGUGGGCUUGGCUGUGGGGACCCUCUCAGGGGAUGCUCUGCUCCACCUCAUCCCUCAGGUUCUUGAUUUACACAGGCAGGAAUCACUAGAGUUUGGACAUUUCCAUGAAAGCAAAGGUCAUAUCUGGAAGCUGUUGGGAUUAAUUGGAGGCAUUCAUGGAUUUUUCUUGAUAGAAAAAUGUUUUAUUCUUCUUGUAUCACCAAAUGCCAAGCAGGGCCUGUCACUGAUUAAUGGGCAUGUGGGACAUCCCCACCAUCCUGCACUUAACCCUGAAUUAGAUGACCAGUCAGGCAGAGGCAAGUCUGCUUCAACUAUCCAGCUGAAAGGCCCAGAAGAUUCACAAGCAGCUGAAAUUUCUGUAGCCAGUAUGACAACCUCCAAUAGAAAAUGCAAAACCAUUAGCUUAUUAGCAGUAAUGAUACUGGUUGGGGACAGCCUGCAUAAUUUUGCAGAUGGCCUAGUGUUGGGAGCAGCCUUCUCAUCCUCAUCUGAAUCAGGAGUGACCACAACAAUUGCUAUCUUGUGUCAUGAAAUUCCACAUGAAAUGGGAGACUUUGCUGUGCUCUUAAGCUCUGGGCUCUCUGUGAAGACUGCCAUCCUGAUGAAUUUUAUAAGUGCUCUGACUGCCUUCAUAGGCCUGUACAUUGGCCUGUCGGUAUCUGCUGAUCCCUGUGUCCAGGACUGGAUAUUAACAGUCACUGCGGGCAUGUUCUUAUAUUUAUCCUUGGUGGAAAUGCUUCCUGAAAUGACUCAUGUUCAAACACGACGACCCUGGAUGAUGUUUCUGCUGCAGAACAUUGGUUUGAUCCUAGGUUGGCUUUCUCUCUUACUCUUGGCUAUAUAUGAACAAAAUAUUAAAAUAUAAAUUAAGAUCCUUGGAAUCCUUCAAAAGUAAAUUUGUAGGGCAUUGUUUCCUUUCUUUAUUGUACUCUACGAUGAUUAGUAAGCUAAGUAUUUUUAUCUUAGGCAAAGAGUAUGUCCUAGUUCAUUAACAUUAAUUUUAUAAUGCCCUUUUGUUUUGGGAGAAUAUGUAAAGGUCAGACUGUCCUUCGUGGAAAUUUUGUUUGUUUCCAACACUGUAAUGGAACUGCUUUGCUUUUGUCCUUUUUUUAGUAAUCAUAAAAAACUUUAAAAAUAGUUUCUCUAAGAAAGAAUGUAGCAUUUGAAAUAGAAAAAUGUCUGUUGGGAUAAAAUCAGGUGCAACUGUUUUGAUGUCAAUCAGUGCGUAUUUUCUGUGAAAUUAUAAACCCCUAGCAAACUAAAUUAUAAAUAAAUGUAAUAAAGUCUAA